AUGGGAUCCGGUGGAAAGAAGGUCUCUAAAUCACGUAUUGAAGACAAGAAAAUCACCCACCAAAGAGCACCAACGUCGAAACCACCAUUCACCCUAAGGCAAAUAAAAAACGCCAUUCCACCACAUUGCUUCAACCGCUCUCUCCUCCGCUCCUUCUCCUAUGUCCUCUUCGACCUUACCCUAUCCUUCCUCCUCUACCACAUUGCCACCUCAUACUUCCACCUCCUCCCUCACCCCCUCCUCCCCUACAUCUCUUGGCCCAUCUAUUGGAUCCUCCAAGGCUGCAUGCUAACCAGUGUCUGGAUCAUCGCACAUGAAUGUGGCCACCAUGCCUUCAGUGACUACCAAUUAGUGGACGACGUCGUUGGCCUCGUCCUCCACACUGCUCUUCUUGUCCCUUAUUUCUCAUGGAAGUACAGCCACCGCCGCCACCACUCGAACAUCGGUUCGAUGGAGCGGGACGAAGUGUUUGUUCCAAAACCUAAGUCUAAGAUGCCAUGGUACAACAAUUACUUCAACAACCCACCAGGCAGGCUCUUGGUUAUUCUUGUCACUCUAACAGUCGGCUGGCCCUUGUAUUUGGCUUUCAACAUCUCGGGCCGGGAAUACGACCGGUUUACAUGCCACUACGAUCCCAACGGCCCUAUAUUUUCCAACCGGGAGAGGCUUCAAGUUUACAUUUCUGACCUCGGGAUCAUGUCUGCUAUUUAUGUGCUCUAUAAAAUUGUCAUGGCCAAAGGGUUUGUUUGGCUUGUUUGUGUUUAUGGGGUGCCAAUGAUUGUGGUUAAUGUGUGUGUUGUGCUAAUCACAUACUUGCAGCACACGCAUCCUUCGCUGCCGCACUACGGCGCGUCGGAAUGGGAUUGGCUGAGAGGGGCUUUGGCGACUGUGGACAGAGACUAUGGGGUGCUUAACAAGGUGUUCCAUAAUAGUACAAAUACACAUGUUGUGCACCAUCUCUUCUCUACAAUGCCGCAUUAUCAUGCAAUGGAAGCAACCAAUGUGCUCAAGCCUAUUUUGGGAGAGUAUUAUAGUUUUGACGCAACUCCAAUUUGGAAGGCUCUGUGGAGGGAGGCAAGAGAGUGCCUUUUUGUUGAACCUGAUGAGGAUGGUGCUCAAAACGGUGUGUUUUGGUACCGGAACAAGUUCUGA